GUUCCUCGGGAAUUUGUAGUGAAGGUCUGUGGAGGCUUUUAUCUUGCUUUACGCACAAGUAAGUUAUCUUUCCACUGAACCAUAAAGAUGUCUAUCAGUUUUAUUUACACUUCUGGUCUCAAGAAUGAAUCCCUGUUAGGAUGACUGCUAAGACAUUCAAUGUGAUGCUCUUGUCUGCCUUUCUAGCUGUCAUAAUGGACUCGUAGUCAGUCCAAAUCGGUAACACUGGUAAUGCGCCUUGAUGGCACUUUAAUAACCAAAUUUAAAAUCUUUAAAAAAAGAGUAAAUCUGUUAUGUGUAGUGCCCGUAUUUGAGUGUUCACAGCUUCAGCUGUUCUGUACGUUAAUGUUGCUCUGUUUAACGUUAAGCCAGUUUGUCUCAGUAACAGUUCAUUCCAGAUUCGCUAUGCUGAAAACGGUUUUGUCUCUGAUCAUAUUGUGUCCCAAAUUCACAGCGUUUACACAUCCGGCGCAAUUCUGUGACAAAUCUGCCAGUUCCAGUUUAUUCUGACAUGUGAUAGUUCAUGCCACCAGUUCACCACAUGUUUCUGGGUCUCGCUUAAUGCCUUUUGUCUCCGUCGCCACAAGAUUUGCUACAUGUCGAUUCAUACAUACCUUUCCAUGUUUGGAGCACACUACAUCUCUAUAUGUCUCAGUCCAACAUGUAAUAACAGGCCAAAGCAAAAAAGUCUACAAAACCAUCUUCAGCCUAAACAUUUACAGGAAACUUCUGUUGGAAAUGCUCAUUUUGACACAAUUCACUCCCCUGGAAUACUUGACGCUUGAAAUGCUUCCUCCUUUAUCUUUCAGAGAUAAAAAAGUAAGUUGUAAAGCAAGAAACAUGGCAUCCAUUUGAGCCGUCUUGUACUAAACUGUGCUCUGGAUGUAGAUUCCUCAGCUGUUGAUUUGCUCAGAAAGACAUAUGGGAGUUUUUGUUCAACAUCUUCAGGGCAUAUUUUGUGACAUCCAAUAUGAAUUAUUCCGUUUUCUUGUAAAGUCAUGCUCGGACUAAAACAUGUUUAAAGACUUUUAAAAGCCUGGAGUUCAUGUAGCAGACUUGAAUGCUUUGAUAAAAGAUGUGACUACACCCCCGGGGUUCAGUACUGGUUUUACGACUCAAAAGUACCUUCAUCCAAUGUGUGAACCACUACCCCUCACAGUGAUACCCACAAUAAAGGCAAAGCGCAGUGCCGGGUGAUGUUUCUAACUCCAAACACUGAGCUUAAAUUGGAACAAUAGUAGCAGUGCUUUGUUGUGGCUUAUGAAGCUGUUGUGCCUUGACGAAAUGAGGUUUUUAAUCCCUUGACAACAGUUACAGUCGUAUAAAGCUUCAGCUGACACGGCUUGACCUUUUCUGAUGCUUAGUCUGUUACUUCUCGAUUUGUUUCACCUGGUAUGAAAACUCUAGCUGUAGUUAGAUAAGUCAAGAUGCUUUAGUAGCCUGCUGAUAUAAAACACUACUGAUUUGGCAAGUUUGAAAGGUCACCAGGACUGUAGAGAGAAUUUGGAGAAGCCAAACACGGAGCCUUUAAGGAGUAACUCUGAAUCCCAGUUCUCCCUCGAAUUAAACCGAAGCAAAGAUAAAAUCCACCUGCACUGACUUUUCAUUUGUGGGUGAACUAUCCCUUUAAGUACAGUAUGACAUCUGAUACUGAUCUCUGUCAGAUCACAGCUUUAUGUUCCAUUUUGCAACCAAUGAAUCACGUACAAUGCCAUGUUGAUACAUGAUGUGUUACUCCACAAUCCCCAACCUCCAAUUUUUUAGGAAAAAUGAAAAACGCUCGCCUCCAGUCAUCGUUCAUCCUUGAAUCGAGAAGGUCACCGAGCUGUAACUAAAGUCCCCCUUCUCUGUUUUGAUCCCCAGAAAAGAUCCCCCUUUGUUGUCCGUACCUCUCUUGGCUCAUUUUACCCCCCAGUACCCCAUUCUGGGUCUGCGUCCUCCAUCUAGCCCAAGAGCCCCAUUGAUUCUAUUAUCCGGUGAAUGAGAUCCAGACUCGGUCAAAUAAAGCCUGCUGCUCUGGUGUGGUAUGUGCUGAGUAACCUGCUGUGUGUCUUUCUCAGAGGCCCUUCUAUCCUUGACCUUGAGCGCAUGAGAUGUGACGGCUCUCGCUGCUCUCCGAAAAGCCUUGACAGUGCCUCCCUGCCGGGACUGAACGUGAACGUGUUUGUGUACGUGUGCAUAUGUGUGGAAGUCUUACAGGCCCAAAGUUUCGUAUUCAUGUUUGUUUCUUUAUUCAGUUGAGGAAGUUAAACUCAACUUUAAAUAACCCUAUGUUUAAAAUCUUUAGGUUUGUGUCAGGGAUUCUGGUGACAUUGAAACGUGCACGUGUUUCUCAGCAAUGCAAGAUCGCUUUAUUGUUUUGGAGAAACAGAAUUCACUUUAAAUGAAUGUGAAGCAGAAUAACUCGAUGAUAUGAACGAAGUCAGUGUUUGUGGAAAUAAAAAGAUUAGGUAAAAGGUCUGUCUGGACAAUUACAACAUCGCUUCUGGCCUUCCUUCAUGUCUGAUUUUGCUUGUUUUACAGAGAACUCAACAAUCUGCACUAUGGACCAAAGUAAUUCAGUGAGUUGUGUUAUCUGUUUUUUUAAUAGGAGACUGUUUGGUUUCCCUUUUUUACACUUAACAUAUAUAAUACGGUAUGUUAAACAUAUGUUUAUGAAUUGGUUACAGGAAUUGCUAAACGGAUAGAAACUGAAUGUAAACAUAAAGCAGCUUUUACAAUAUUUUGUUUGACCUGAGGAUGACAGUGUAAUUUUUUGGAGGAUCUAUUGACAGAAAUACAAUAUAAUAUACCUAACUAUGUCUUCAGAGAUGUGUAAAGAGCUUACGUAGUGAAGCGUUAUGUUUUUAUUACCUUAGAAUGAGCUAUUUCUAUCGACAUACACCGCGGGUCCCCUUACAUGGAAUUCGCCAUGUUGUUUCUACAGUAGCCCUAAAGGGACAAACUGCUCUACAGAGCGCAUUUCGUAAUUCCGUUAUCUCCUUCGGCAAAGAAGCGAAACGCGACGACGUCUUAGUCCUGUGUCAGCCACCGUAGUGCUUCGAAAGGGAGGAGUGGAGUGAGCCAUUGGUUGCAAUUCCCAACCUCGCCACUAGAUGCCGCUAAAUUUAAUUCUCUGGACCUUUAAAGCAUCUACUUUACUGAUCAUUUGUUAACACCGAUCAUUAAGUAUCCAAGUGCCAUAUAUCUGCAGAAAAUCUCUUCACUCGUCGUCAUACCUUCCUUUUUUCCUGUAUUUUUCCAUGUCAUGACUGCUUAUUUCACGUGUUUUUGUAUAUUUGAGAAAUUGAAGCCAGAUUGUGAGUGAGAUUGUCUUUCUGCACUUGUCUGCUAACCGUGAACAUCUGGUUUUAGGGAGAUUGACCUCCUCAAUGGGAGCUCUUGUCUCCUCUGUCAACACUGAGGGGUGCCACAGCUGAGAGACGGACAGAGAUUCCUAUAUGACUCCAUAUGUAUGUGUCAGCGGAUGGCCAGCGUGUUCGUUCACUUCACAGCAUUUCUCUUAAGUGUCUGUCUCAAUCUCAGAAACACCAAGUUUCUGCUAAGCAGAUGCCCUGUGAUCCAUAACCAUCCAAAAUACUCCCUCGAAAUAAGUCUUGAUAUUGUUCUGUUUUAAAAAUUGUAAAUCUUAGACGCUACCUGCACAGGACAAAGUUAUACAAAACAUUCCUUAAAUCUCCAGAUUGUUUUGUGCAUUCCAGUUCUUCUCUCAAACACUUUUUGCACAUUGAAACUCAUUUAAAUGUGUGCAUGUGUGUGACAUGUGUGACUGAAAAUGCGAUUAUGAUUCUACCAGCUGUCAUCUCUUAUACAGGCUCAGAGGACAGUUCAGCUUCCAAGAAAACUGAGAAAUCAUCACAAGAAAAAAUGUCAGGAAAGGAGGAAGAGAAUGCUUGUGACACACACCAGACUCAAGGGAAAAAGCAACUUGAAGCUUUGCGGUAUGAAUACACUUCUACAGAAGAUGCAAAAGUCUCACUGGUGUAGUCAACAAUCCAGCUCAACAAAGCACAAAACUUUUGGAGUCACAAAGCAUUUGGAUUUGAUGUCGGGAGCAUUGGCCACACCACUCGUGUCUAAACUCAACGUAGAUACUGUGUUCCAAGAAUAUGUCUUCACAUCACGAGAAGCAAGAAUGAAUAAAAGAGAAUGAGUGAGGAUGUCUGGGAGGUCGAGUGUCCUUCGGGAGGAUGGAGGACCGGCAGCAGAGCAUCAGAGCAGUGGAGCAUGAGGUUGAGGGUGAAGGGUGACGUGAACUUGAUGUCCUGUGGGACGAAGGACCACAAUAUUUGCACAACACAGGGGAGAGGAUUCGUUCAGCUGAACCAAAAGUUCACAAUGAAGAAGAACUGAACUUCUGAACUGCUUUUUAUAUGGUUUGAAAAUAGCACGAAAUCACAAUGAACGUUAAAAGGAAGGAGAUGGAUUUCUUGAGCAACACUAUUGCUGCUUACGCUCACAUUAAAGAAAAUCCAGAGAGUUUCGGCCUUUAUUUCGUCAUUGGCGUAUGCUUCGGUCUAGUGCUCACUCUCUGUCUCCUGGUCAUCAGGAUCUCUUGCAAACCUCGCACCACAACAGCACCUUCCACACCGGAGAAAAAACAGUUAAAAGACUUUAGCGAGGAAGAGGAGGAGGACAGUGAUGAUGAAGAGGAUGAAGAUGCGGGAGAACUGGAGCACCCUGUCCUCCAUAGCACCACAGAGAUCCCCGUGGGUAACCACCAAACCACUCCUGAUGGAACUCUGAACAGGAACGUGUUCACCUCGGCCGAAGAGCUGGAGCGAGCGCAGCGAUUGGAGGAGAGAGAGAGGAUCAUCAGGGAGAUCUGGAGAAAUGGACAGCCGGAUAUUCUGGGUGCGGGGACGGGCACUAUUGGAAGGGUGCAUUACUACUAACAUUACUUCAGUUCAGCUCAGAGCACUACUUUCACAGACUUAUCAAUGAAUGACCAUUGCAUUUUGCAUUUAUUUUUUACAUUGGACUGAUGUGAUUCUGUAAGCAACAGAUACAGCCUUAAAUGAUGUCUUAUAUUUGAACUGUUGUCAAUCCUCAACUCAUGGUGCAGCACAGACUAUCACAGGGUCCAGACUUGGAUCCAAUAUUCUAAGCAGUGUUUGUGAAUUGUAGGAGAUAAUGAGAGGCUCGCAAAAAGCAAAUGCACUUUUGUACGUGCCAUUUUGUGUUAAGAUGUUUUAAGCUGUUUUUUAUGUUUUAUGUUUUUAUUUUUAAGUAAUGCAUUCCUCUCCCUAUAGGUCAUGUCAUGCAGUAACAGAAAAUUUGGUAAAAAAAAAACAUAUUUAGC